AUGGAGUUUGCCGAUAAACACAAGGAUAUCCUCAAGGAUGUUUCCAAGAUCCUGGGGUGGCUGGCAAACGUGAGCAGCGUGGGCAAAUCCGAUAUGGAGCAACUGAAGGCCAAAUUUGACGACCUGAAACUCCAAGCGGAACAGAAACUUCCCUCGAAGGCUCUGGGUGAUUGGAACCUGGAGGAGGUCGAGAGUAUCUUUGAGAUCCAGCCUCUUUCAUCGGAGAAUGAGGAGCCGGGAGAUGAGUGGGACUUACGACCCAUUCUCCGAGAGGAGUUCCAAAUCCCAGCCACCUUUGACGAAUUCUACGAUUUCCUCAGUAAGUACCCGUACUGUGGAGACUAA